AAUGUGGCAUGUACUAUGUGUAUAAAUACGGAGCGAUGAUCAUCUCCUGUCUAUUGACCAGGACCGCAAUCGAAUUCACUGAAAUUGUUCAUCAGUACACCAUCCAAAUACAUUCGUCCCAGCUCCUACAUGGGCCUCCCUGCCCAGGAGCAGCAGCGUGAGCCUGAGCCCGCCCUGCCGCUCGUCCGCCUGAACCACGUCGCCUUCUCGUGCACGUCCGUCGAGGACUCCAUCGACUUCUACCGACGCGUGCUCGGCUUCCAGCUGAUCCAGCGCCCGGCGUCCCUGGACUUCGGGGGAGCAUGGAUGCAUAGAGACGGCAUGGGCAUACAUUUGCUGCAGCGGAGCGCCGGCAGCGACGCGCCUCCGAGGUCGCCGGCGAUCAACCCCAAGGGCAACCACAUAUCGUUUCAGAGCUUGGACAUGGCGCUGACGAAGGCGAGGCUGCGCGGCAUGAACCUGGAGGUGGUCACCACGAGGGUGUGGGACGGCGAGACGACGGUGGAGCAGCUCUUCUUCCACGACCCCGACGGGAACGUGAUCGAGAUCUGCAACUGCGAAGACCUUCCCGUGGUGCCCCUUGCUCCGCCUGCUUGCCUUGCCAAGCAGACGGUGCAGAUGAACGUGCAUCUCUAGUUCUCGGGCUAGUAGUAUACUCCCGCCGUUCCAUAUUACUCGUCCCUAAAUUAUACUAAAUCAACGACAAGUAAUAUAAAACGGAGGGAGUAUUUCCUAAGGAUAAUCUUUCUAAAAAAUGAGGAAAUUGUUGUUAUAGACAAAUAUGAUUUGAUUCAUUUCAAUUGUAUGACGUAUAGCAAAGAAAAUGAGAAUGUACGUGAUAACCCUGAUUUGCACA